AUGGGUAGUUCUACAAUUAAAUUGUUGGAUGAAACAAGUUAUCAAUCAACUUAUAAUAGAAUUAAACAAAAACAUGGAAGGAGAAUAAUUGAGGACUGGACAGAAAGAACAGAUCCAUUAAAAUAUGUAAUUGAAGACUGUGGAAUAGCAGCAUAUUUAAUAGAAUUGUUCAAAUCUUACCCAAAUUUGGCACCAAAAAGAGGCUUUGCAGAUUUGGGUUGUGGGAAUGGUCUUUUAGUAAAUUUGUUGGAAAAAGAAGGAAUUCGAGGAGGUUUUGGUUUGGAUGUUAGAAGGCGUAAAAUUUGGUCAAAAUUUGAAAAAGAGGGAACUGAACUGAAAGAAAUUGUAAUUAAUCCUGAUUGUUUGGAUAGUAUGGAGGUUAGUUUGCAGGCAAUCUUUUGUUUAACGGAUUUUUCGUUUAACGGGAUUUUUUGUUUAACGGGAUUAUAUGUCUCUCUUCAGGGCGCCUGUGUAGUUGACCACUUUCUCGUUUGGAAAAGAUUUAGAAAUACUGGGUGGGGGCUAACUCAAGGAAUACCAACUCAAGAAACAGACAAGUCAAGGAACGACAAGUCAAGGAAAAGACAGGUAUUGAAUUCUGUUGACUUUUUAAUUGGAAAUCAUUCUGAUGAAUUGACUCCGUGGAUACCUAUUUUGGCUGCAAGACUUGGCUGCAAUUUCUUCCUUCUUCCCUGUUGUCCAUACAAUUUCUUUUCAAAAUUUUGUAAAGCAACCCCCUCAGCCCAACAAAAGAAGGAUGGCAUAAUUAUUGGUGGAUUACAAGACCAAUUUUACAAAUAUUUAGAAAAUAUAAUUAUUCGGCUUGGAUUUAAUUUAAUGAAAGAUCAAUUAAGAAUACCUUCAAGAAAAAAUAAAUGUUUUAUUGGAAUAAUACCAGAAACUGGACUUGUACAAAAUUUGGAAGAAGUAAUUAAUGAAUUAUUAUUGGCUGCUAAAAUUUUUAAAAAAUCGUUUGCACCUAGACCGGCAAUAGAAAAAGUUAGAAAUUGUUCAAGACUUCCAUUAGAUGCUAAAAUUGAUCUUGCAAGGAGAGUUGUCGAUUAUUUAAUGAAAAAGCAACCGGAAAAUAUCAAGUUUGUUUUGAAUAUUUUUUAA